CGAAAGGGCAUUUUCGCAUUUUCCCAGCCUCCACAAACAUCCAUCGGACGGAAUCAUCGUACGCACCAUAAGGUGAAAGCUAACUGACUGAACGGCCUCUUCGCAAAGGUUCGUCGUCGCGGUUUAGUUCGCGCACGACCGCAACCAGUGAGCGAUGUCCGACAACGCAACGAUCACCACAUCACUUCGCCGGCAACAAUCUGGUGUCACCAUGAAUUCAAAGGAUGCUCGCCACGAUCAGCCGCCCACUGCGAGUUCGAGAAGGAUGACUUCGUUUCCCAAUCUUACGAGAGCGGAAAGGUUACAAAUGGCAGAGGAGGAGGUGGCUGCAGCUGCACGCAAUCGCUGGGCGCCCACCGUGUCAUCUACAGCUCCCAACAGGACAUCUCAUAACAUCGGGCACAAUAAACAGCACCCGCAGCAGCAAGCGCACUUUCCUCAACAAUCGGCGUCUACAGCUCCCAACAGGACAUUUCAUAACAUCGUCCAAUAUGCACAGCAGCCGCAGCAGCAACCACCCUCCCUUCAGCCACCGGCUCCCGCCAAUACUGGUCAUGUACCCACACAAACGCAGUUUCCGCCGCACUAUUCGCAACCAAUCCCUUCAGCCGGAGGCUAUAGCGGUCCGCCGUAUCGAAGUACUCAUUCUUCUACGUCAGCCGUAUACUCAGGUCAUCAACAAGGACUUACGCUUGCAACCGGAGCCGCGACGAGGCCCGGUCACUAUAAUGGAGCUCCGCAACAAUAUCCAGCUGCUGCUCCCGUUCCCUCAAACGGGGCGGCUGGAGACAUGCAGCAACCAAUACAUCAUUCUAAUGGCAUAGUGCAGUACCCAGCAUAUAGAAUGAACCCGGCGUACCCCGCUCCUGGGCCGACACGCUACAUUCCUUAUAAUCAGCAGUCAUACCAAGCACCCUAUGACGACCCCUCCGAUUCGGACGAUGGUGAAGACUUGCCUCCAUCGAGAUAUGAGGCACAGGAUCAAGCACUAGUAAUGCAAACCUCGGGGUCUCCACAACUGCCGUCAUCUACUUCCACAGAGUCCUGUAAUGGGCCUCCAUCCGCUCCUUCCAACGGGCCCCACUUGUACGCACCACCACCGCCCGCGCAGUCACAGCAGCACCCACCGCCUGCAGCCCCACCAUAUCAACCACCGCCUGCGCAGUCACAGCAGCACCCACCACCCGCGCAGUCACAGCAGCACCAACCGCCCCCAGACCCACCAUUUCAACCACCACCCGCGCAUCCACAGCAACAGCCACCGCUUGGGGCACUACAGUAUCAAUCACCGCCCGUGCAGUCACAGCAACAACCACCGCUCGCGAACCCACAAUAUCAACCACCGCCCGCGCAUCCACAACAACAGCCAUCGCUUGCAGCCCCACAAUAUGAACAUUACGGACAAUACCCGCAACUGCAAAAUACCCAUCCUCACAUACCAGGCGCAGCAGGGCCGCUUUUUCCCGCACCGGGCCCAACCCCUGUGCCUUCCGAGAGCCAAAGUAUGGAGCAGAAAUACAUCCGCAUGUUGGAAGAGAAACUUGAGUUCGAACGAGAAAUGAAGAAGAAGGAAGAAGCGAUUGCGAUUAAGGACGCUGCUUUUGCGGAAAUGCAACGUAGGUUUGACGAAAUCGAAGCUGAGAGGCGGGAUUUAAUGUCUCGCGUGUCAGACCUGGAAGCCGCCCGUGUGCAACCUCGCCAAGCUGAACUUGAGUUUACUGCUUCGUCCCCCAUCUCCUUGGCAAGGGUGACGCCGGAGUCUGUCGACGAUCGCAGCAUACCGCCGAUUGCUGCACCUGCAGCUGAAAAUCGCGGGCGCUCUUAUGAUAUCAUGGCGGACGAAGUCUCGUCCACCGAUGAUUCCGACGACGAAAGUCAUCCUUCACCUCUCAGCUCGACUGCAGGACCAAACGGCGAUUUAUCCACGGCAGCAGGGGUUCCAUGGACAAAGAUAAUCAAGGAUAUCUCUGGUGUCGCAACUCUCUCCAACCUAAGACCUCAAGCACGCCAGCUACUGCAGGGCGUCGUACGCGAGUACCUGCUUCUGAAGCUCGAGCCAGAAGAGGCGCUAAAGAGCAAAAUAACGGUCCGGAAGAAAAAGGUGAUGGCGGUUCCAAAGCGACUUGUCUCCCACUUUACCGACUGGAUAAUUGCCCGGUUGGAUGGAGGUUUGUUGGAUCCUGUCACCGGACAGAAGCGGAAGCGGUCUGCAGCUGGCUUGGACGAGGAGGAUGCACCUGUACAAAACGAUGGACUUGAAGCAGGCCCAGCUGACCCUGCAGGCCCCAAUGGAGAACCUAGUUUCAAAAAGCCAUUUUUGAAACCGGACGAUGUUGGUUCCUGGCCCUCUACUACUGCGAAUAAAGGCGCUGCGGCCAUGGAACGCCCCUCUACUACCGCUGACACCAUUACUGCAAAUCCGGUUCACGCCGCCGCUUCAACCCGCCAUCCUUACGUGGACGAUGUUGGACGCCUGCCCUCGAGCACUGCGAAUAAAGACGCUGCCGCCCUCCAAUACCCCUCUACUACCGCUGCCACCAUCGCUGAGAAACACGCCUAUCCGGCUCACCCCGUGGCUCCAACCCGCCAACCUGACAUGGAUACUGUUGGUUCCCGGCCUUCUACCACUGCGAUCAAAGGUGCCACCUUCGAAUACCCGUCCACUACUAUUGGAAGCGCCACCACUGCAAACACCGCCUAUCCGGUCCACGCCGUAGCUUCAGCCCGCCAACCUGACAUGAGGCAGUUCCGCAACAACACACUGGGCCUGCCAUGGCAAGAAGUCAUCCUGAUGAGAUACCCGACUUUCCAUGGAUUCACUCAGGCGAUGGCGAUCUUCACCAAACAGUUCCUGACCGCCAAUGGUGUGGCAGAAAGCACUAUGCGAUUAAGUGGUCAGCACGGGAAAGUGGGUUUCGCGAUACCGCAGCGGCUGUUCGAAGCGUAUACCGACAUUUUCGAAGGGACAUUUGCGGACGUAUGUCAAGGCCUUAGGAGAGUGGGAGAGCCGGGCCAACGCAACAUCGAGGAGGAAGGGACGAUGGUCGAUGCGAUCGGUAGCCCCGAGGUCCCAUAUGAGGCACAUCCACAGCAACGGCCCGGCUUGCGCGCUCACGGCGACUUGCCCACCUCCAAGUCAUCCACCGUCACCGCCGACCUCAUUACCUUCAGCAACAACGCAAUGAGUAUGCAAUCAGGACAUACUAUAGUCUACAUCGACCCCAACACACGUACUUCUCACUCAACUUCUUUGACUGCCUGGACCGACUUAGUCCGAGCGCGCUACCCGCGCUGGGCCAACGGUGUCUUCAUGAAGCAGGGAGGUGGCGGGAAAGUCCAAAAAAGAAUGCGCGAGGGGAUCAAACGCUUUUUGGAGGUAGAGUUGCGCCAAAUGAACCUGACCGUUGAGGCUUGCAUGGCUAAGAGUGGUCGGAGACGAGGAUCGGGGAGGAAGGUUAUGGCUGUGCCCGGGUGCUGUGAGCCGGCGUUUUGGAGAUGGUUUGAUGAGUUCAAGCGCGUGGAGUUGGGCAUAGGGGCCGAGGAUGUGGAUGAGGUUGAGGAUGCACCGCAUGAGGUGGAAGCGAGAGAUGAAGGGCAUGGCGGUGAUUCGGCAAAGAGGUUGGGAGGGGAGUCGAUGGCCGAUGUUCAGCUACCGAGGAUAACUCAAAAUGUGCCUGAUUCAGCGGAGAGGCCGGGAGGGGAGUCAAUGGCUGAUGCUCAACUGCCGAGGACAACUCAAGCUGUGCCUGAUUGGGGGCCGGCGCAAUUCGUCGGACGACGAGGAAUCAUUAGCACUUCACCCAACAGCAGCUCGGCACCAAUGGCGGCAGUAUUGGCAAAAAACUUCGGCCGCUUCGAGGCAAAUAUAACCGAGCUGGUUCAAAUGGCAGCCACGCCCUCAACAUCAACCGUAAGAUAUCAGCCACCCAACGACUGCAACGAAGCUUCUCGGCCGAGGGAAUGGGCCCACCCUCCGUUCGCAGUUCCGCAACAACCUUCGUAUGGCUCUUUGAACACACUGCCUACCGAACGUAUCAGCAGUGGCUCCAAUCCGGAUAUGACACUUGCGCAACCCACCGACCCGAUCGAGGUCUUUCGGCCAAGCGGAGGCGCUCAUCCUCCGUUCGCAGUUCCGCCUCAAAAUUCAAACGGGGCUGUGACCACAGUACCCACCGAAUGGAUGACCAAUGGCUUUAAUCCCGAUAGGAGAUUUGCGCCACCUAACGACGGGAACGAGGCCUUCCGGCCCGGUGAGGGCGCUCAUCCUACUUCCUCAGUACCGUUCCACCCUUCACAAGGCUCAUUGGCCACACUAGGCGCCCAUCCCCCUCCGUUCUCAGUCCCGCAUCACUCUUCGAACGGGUCUUCCAUACCACCCACCGGAGCAAAUCCGAAUAUGAGUUGGAAUGAUGUGGUGGCGCGGAGCCACAGUAGAGGUGUGAUCUCAGGAAUGCACUCGACAAGCCAGCAAAUGAACUUGGUGGAUCCGGGUUCAGCGCCAUACACUUACAUGCCCACGACCGCAACACAGCGCCCGCCAGAGCCCUCUGAGGGUGGAGAAAGACCCGCGCCACCGACGCUUCGGCACGCCUCAAGGAUGGUGGCGUUCCCUACCAUGCCCGCGCCCACGAUGCAAUGUUUGCCAGAAAAUUACGGUUCGUCCUCGGCGGGUGGAGAACUAUCGGCUUUGCAGGAUUCCCUCCAAAAUCCUACCGACAUUGACGAGCAUCCACCCACCGCACCUUCGACGCCGCCAAAAAUGCAAGAGCAUGAGCCCUCCGCGACAGAUGCGGAACAACCAGCCGAAUCGACGGAAGCGGAACCAUCUUUCAAAGAGAUCGAAAUGAUCGAGGUGAAGUCUGACACGGCUUCCCUGUGUAGCGAGGAUGAUGACGAUGACGACGACGAGGACCUAGAUGACAUGGCCCGACGGGAGCGGCGCCGUUCCCGCAAGAGCAUAUUUGUCCCUCCCAACAGGAAACUGUCGAACCGCGAGAAGCACCGUAUGCUAGACACCAUUGUAUGGGUCCAUAUCGACAACAUAACCGGCAAAUUCUUCGAAGAAGGCAAGCACGAUAAGGAUAUCACCGCUUUGUACGCUAAUAAAGCCGAAGCUGAACCUGCGCAAGGUGACGAUGGUACGCUGACGACUCCCCCGAGAUCCAUCGGAUACUGGGAGGCGGACCGGGAUUUUAAGGACCGCCAUAAACCGCCCCUUGAUAAAAAUGUUUUCAAGGACAAAGAAACUGCGGUUCAGUCACUUUGGGAUGAGCACCAAGACGGGUGGAAUAGCACCAUGCCCGAGUUCUCUUUCAUCGAUUUCGGACUCGCGCUGCUGGAGAGGGAUGCGCAGGGGAAAGUUGUUGGGAAAGGAUGCUGCGUCCGAUUUCAAUGCGACUAUCGCGAACAUAGCACACAUUCCUUCUACAACGGGAAUCGGUUGAUGGAUGUGCCGGACGGGUUCCAGAAAUGGACGGGAUUGCCGUUCGAGUCGGAAGCCGCCGUCUGA